AUAAUUAUGUGGAGGAAUUUCAUGUCAAUAAUAGCAUUUCAAAUUCCUUCGACAGCCACAGAUCAGGCAUGUCAACAAAGUGCAUAACAUAGAGGAUGACUAAGCUAUUGCAUAGCUGUGUACAAUAUCCUAUACACAACUCCCCCACUGAAUUUCUGAUCAACUUUUGUCAAUCACGAUGGGCAUCCAAUCCCACCCCCAAUCCUCCUUCUCCGAGCAUCCAACCAUCACUGGCCUCGACUACCAAGCCGACUUCAUCACCCGCGCCCACGAAGAAUCCCUCCUCACCCUCUUCCGCAACGAACUGACCUGGCCCGACCGCCCCGGCCGCAUCUCCCUCCACUAUGGCUACACCUUCGACUACAAGACCUUCGGCAUCGACCCGGAAAUCCCUUACAAGCCGUUCCCCUCCUGGCUCGAGCCUCUCAUUCCGAUAACCGAAUCAAGACCGCCCGACCAGGUCUGUCUGCAGUAUUACCCGCCCGGCUCGGGGAUUCCGCCGCACGUCGACUCCCAUCGCGGCUGGGACCAGCUUUAUGCGCUUUCGCUUGGGGCGCCGGUGUUCAUGCGCAUGAGACAUGGGAAGUAUGGCGAUGAGAAGGUUGAUGUUGAUUUGGCGCCGCGGAGUAUGAUGCGCUUCACGAGGGAUUCGAGGCUGCAUUGGACGCAUGGGAUUGCGAAGAGGAAGACGGAUAUGUUGGAUGAUGGGACGGCGAGGGUUAGAGGGGAGAGAUGGAGUAUUACGUAUCGCUGGGCGAGAGAGGGUGAUUGUGAGUGUGGGAAUGUGGAAUUGUGUGAUACGGCGCAGGCACGGUUGGGCAUUGAGCCGGAGAAGAGAUCUGUGCUAGCCAUGGCGGAGAAAACUGCAGCUGUGGGUGAGCAACCUGUGCAGUCAGUGGGCUGAUCUUCUAAGGAGAUAUCAGAGACUCUCCUUGGACUCCUCAUACUCCGGUCCCCUACACUAUGAGCUCUGGACGGCGACAUCAAGAUUUAGGUGUUGAGCGACCACCACUCAAACAUCAUGCCCUGCUUGGGCACCUACAGUCGGAUGCUGACUCUCGGCUUCCGAGGUAGCCUAUCCAAGGCUA